AUGGCAGCCCUAUGCGAGACACAUGAAGUUUGUUUGCAAACUUUACGGGUAAAAGUAUAUUCUCAGUCGCGAGAAAAAGUAGUCAGAGCGAUUAUUGAUACGGCCUCGCAACGGUCAUAUGUCAGUACUAAGACCGUGCAAGAUUUAGGUUACGUUUCCAUUGACAGAUUAGAAGUAACGCAUUCUCUAUUCGGUGGAAUUAGAUCGGGACGUGAAACUCAUAAUAUGUUUAAGAUACGUGUUAAGAACUUGGAUAAUUCGUACGCGUGUAAUUUCACAGCAAUGGAUCAGGAGGUUAUCUGUGGCCCGAUUGCGAAUAUUAAGAGAGGUGCGUGGACAGAAGAGUUGCGAGCCAACAAUAUUAUCCUCACAGAUGUAGGAGGCGGUAACUGUCCUAUAGAUAUUCUUAUAGGUGCGGAUGUAGCCGGCAAAUUAUUAACAGGUAGGAAGUAUAAUCUAAAGAACGGAUUGACGGCUAUUGAAACACAUUUAGGUUGGACAGUAUUGGGAAAGCUGCCGACAGAAUCCGUCAGAACGGACACUGCGGUGACAGUCACAACGAUGUUCGUGCAGGAGGCCAAUCUAUGUGAUUUGUGGCGAUUGGACGCAAUCGGCAUUACGGACCCUAUCGAAAGGGCCGCUAGAGAGGUAAGGGAAGAACGAACUCGAGAAUUUCUUGCAAAAACGGCCAGACUGAACGCUGACGGACGAUACGAAGUCAGACUACCGUGGACGGAGGAUCUUGUGCCUGUUCCCAGCAAUUUUGAGAUUGCACGUAAUAGACUGGGAAAAUGCCUUGACAAACUUAAAACAAAGAACAUGUUAGAAGCGUACAACGAUGUCUUCAAGGGGUGGCUGGCGGAGGGUAUUAUCGAAAGGGUUCCCGCUAGUGAAAUGGAUAAUUUCGGUCAUUAUUUAUACCGCCCCGUAGUAAAGGAAAAACAGCACAACAAAAUUGAGACCCAUAGUAAGGAGGAUCGAGAUUAUCUUCGUUUUUUGUGGAUUAAGAACGGCGAAAUAAUAGUUCUGCGUCACUGUCGGGUGGUAUUCGGAUUAGCAUGCGGUCCCUUCCUAUUAGCCGCGAUUAUCGAACUACACUUGCUGACCUUCUUAACGGACACAGACGAGAAUAGAAGAUCAGCAGAGAAGCUGAAACAAUCAUUUUAUGUUGAUAAUUGUGUCACGAGCGUAGAUUCGCAGGAGGAGUUGAAAACGUUCGUGUCAAAAGCCACAACGAUUAUGAGGGCUGGUGGUUUCGAGCUUCGCGGUUGGGAGAAUUCACAUGACUCUUUAACUAACAACACUACCUUCGUUCUGGGGAUUUUAUGGAACAAGAAAAAGGACACUCUUUCUAUUAAUCCGCGGGUUUUAGAAUUGAACAUCCCAGACGUUGUUACGAAAAGAGUAAUUCUAUCCGCGACGCACAAGGUUUUCGACCCCAUAGGCUUUACAUGCCCUACAUCGGUAUUACCUAAAAUAAUACUUAAAGAACUAUGGACAGAAAAGAUCGAUUGGGACGCGAAGGUUGCGGAUAGUCAAGCCAACAGAUUCUUGAACUGGUUGAAGGACUUACCGACGCUAAAUAAAAUUGAAAUACCACGAAAACUAGGUAGGGGUGACUUGACAUUACACACAUUUUGCGAUGCGAGCGGUUCCGCUUAUGCAGCAGUUGUUUUCGCGAGAAUUGAACGAGAGAACACGGUAAAUGUUAGACUUUUAAGUGCCCGAUCGCGCAUAGCGCCCGAGAAAGCGACAAUCCCACGUCUCGAGUUAAUGGCGGCAACCAUAGCCUUCAGGCUCCACAAAUUCAGUGACCAAAUCUUUAACGCGAAAGGUUUCAAAGACGACGUUUUGGUCCGAUUCUACUACGGUAUUGGCGUGGAUUAA